UACAGUAGGAGCAUCGGUGUGAUUUAUCCUGCUGUUUCAGAAUUGAUGGUUAAAAAAAAGACGUUGUGCUAAAAAUAUUUAAGUAACAAAGCGCAAUAGACAUUUAUCUCCCACUCUAUGGAUUUGCUGCAGCUUCUGUCAUGGGCCUGCAUCGUCUUUACAGUCGGGAUGUUCUCGACUGGACUGACAGACCUGAAGAAGAUGCGAGAAUCCAAAAGUACAGACAACAUCCAGUUUCUCCCUUUCCUCACCACGUGUCUAAAUAACCUGGGAUGGUUGUUUUAUGGGGUCCUGAAGAGAGAUCAUACGAUUAUCUUUGUCAAUAUCAUUGGAGCUGUUCUCCAGAGUCUCUACAUCAUCAUGUACUUCAACUAUACAAAGCAUAAGAGGUUGGUGACAGUCCAGACCGUCGCAGCCGUAGCUGUCCUUUUCAUUGGAUGGCUGUACUUCACCACUUUUCUUACUGAGGGGGAGAGCAGGCUCAACCAGCUUGGUCUCACCUGCAGCGUUGUCACAGUCAGCAUGUACCUGUCACCACUCAUUGACCUGGUGGAGAUAGUGCGCACUAGUAAUGUCCAGUGCCUGUCCUUCCCUCUGACUGUAGCCACCUUCUUCACCUCAACCUCCUGGGUCCUGUAUGGCCUCAAGCUGGACGACUACUAUAUCAUGGUUCCGAACACACCCGGAAUCUUCACCAGUCUGAUCCGGUUUUAUCUAUUUUGGAAAUUUGCAUCUGUUGUUCAAAAGUCGCCUUCCUACAAGCCUUUACAGAUAUGAGAAUAAAAGUGACGGUUAUGAAAAUCGGAGGAGAUUUUGGUGGAAGCUGCGGCAUCAGAGCACCCCUGACUUCAGUCGUCUUUCCUUCGUAGUAGAGAAAGAGAUGGUGUUACAUGUCCAGAAGCAAACUGAGUAACACCACUCUUGAAACGGGACAUGCUGAGAAUUGUGACAUACGUCAUAAACAGAGUUAAAGUAAGACUUCUUAGAAGAAGAAGUCUUAAAGUUUAAAAAAAAAAACACAUCUUGAAGUUAAAGUAUGACUUUUUCUGCAACUCUAUGUUAAACAUGUGACCUUCGCUUCUCGUCUGUGUCUUCAAGUGCCUUUAGUCAGAUCAUGUGUGCUGUUAAGAUUUAACGGCAUUAAUGCGAUCUGCCUUCACGUCAGUAAAUAUCUGUUCACAAUCCAGAGACCUGGAUUGAGCCUUUCUCCAUACUUGCCAAAGAUUUAGUGGAGUUGCAACUUGUCAGCUGCUGUUUUAAUCAUGUAUUCACCUCCCCCCUCCCCCACCCCCGGUACUUGUGUCUGAAACACAUUAGUCUUUUAAUGUUUGUAUGCACAUUUUAACACAAUAUUUGUACCUUGUAUCUUCAGAUUUGGUACGCGUGCCUUUGUGUUAUCAUUUAUACAGAAUAUACUGUAUGUGCUGGAAGUGGCAGUAAUACUUGUUCAUUACUGUAUUUUUACUAUUUGUGUCUGAACUUUUGAAUACAGGAUGUCCUGGUUGAGGUAUUUUUAUAACGUGUUUAUGUGAUUAAAUUUAAUACAAGACUCAAUUAAUACAGGUUGAUUAUUUUGUUAAGAAGGAUGAAUGAUGUUUUGUUCUCUGGUGUCUCUUUGUCAAUAAUUAUGAGAUGAACAUUGCUGGCUUCCGUCGGAAAGAUGUAAGAUUUUAAAAUUGUAAUUUAAAUUAAAGCUCCAACCAACAUUGGCUGGGCCCUCGCACCUAUGGCCACCACCCCCAGGUGCCACCACAUUCUUGGUCAAUAUCACUAUGAAGUACCUUCGAUGUUCCCAUCAAAGUCACCCAAUCAUCAUUGACAUAGAAAAUAAGAAAAGUCUGAGGUUCUGGUAUAAAUGACCAAACAUUUACACACACAUCAGUGCAAUGAUAAGUUUCUUGACAUGGAUUUCCACCAGUUUCUUUCAUUGUUCCUCAUGCUGCUCCGCUAACUUCAGUGAAUGCAAAA